AUGGAAAACGAUUCGGAUCUGCAAGAUUCCGUGGAUAUUGAAGAUGACGAAAUUGAUCGGGUGAUCGACAUCAACGAUAAUGAUGUCCCUGAAGAUGCAAUGACAGAAGAAAUGGUUGAUGAGGAAGAAGAGAAAGAUGAUGUUGAAAUGUUUGAACCUGUUGUUGAUUCUUCCAAAUUGACAUUUGACAAACAUGAAGAUAUUGUCUACUGUAUUGAUCUUGAUCCGACUACAGCAAAACUGGCUGUCACAGGUGGGAAGGAUGACCGGGCUUUUCUUUGGGAUACACAAACAGGAAACACAUUACUGGAAUGCAAAGGACAUAAGGAUUCUGUGAGCAGUGUUGGCUUUAGCUAUGAUGGGACAUACAUUGCCACUGCUGAUCUUGGGGGCAGCCUUAAAGUUUGGAAAAUCUCUUCUCUGGAAGAAGUUUGGUCAUUUGAAUGUGAUGACAUUGAGUGGAUCAAGUGGCACAAACAAGCUAAUGUAUUGUUAGCUGGGACGGUGACUGGCCAAAUGUGGAUGUGGAAAAUACCAAGUGGUGAUUGCAAAACCUAUGUUGGCCCAAAUUGUGCAUCAACCUGUGCUUGCCUGGCACCUGAUGGUAAGCGUAUAUGUAUAGGCUAUGAAAAUGGUAACCUCAGAGUUGUCGGACUGAAAGAACAAAGCACUUUGCAGGAAAUGAAUUUUCAUUCUACAAGUGUUACAUGUCUGGAUUUCAACCAAGAUAAUUCCUUGUUGCUUAGCGGUUCUUCUGAUUUAAAGUUUUUCAUUUCAAACAGCAACAGUGGAAAGUCUGUUAAUAUCUAUCCUAGUCUGUUAAUAUCUAUCUAUCUAUCUAUCUAUCUAUCUAUCUAUCUAUCUAUCUAUCUAUCUAUCUAUCUAUCUAUCUAUCCUAGUCUGUUAAUAUCUAUCUAUCUAUCUAUCUAUCCUAGUCUGUUAAUAUCUAUCUAUCUAUCUAUCCUAUCUGUUAAUAUCUAUCUAUCUAUCUAUCCUAGUCUGUUAAUAUCUAUCUAUCUAUCUAUCCUAUCUGUUAAUAUCUAUCUAUCUAUCCAUCCUAGUCUGUUAAUAUCUAUCUAUCUAUCUAUCUAUCCAUCCUAUCUGUUAAUAUCUAUCUAUCUAUCUAUCCAUCCUAGUCUGUUAAUAUCUAUCUAUCUAUCUAUCCAUCCUAGUCUGUUAAUAUCUAUCUAUCUAUCUAUCCAUCCUAGUCUGUUAAUAUCUAUCUAUCUAUCCAUCCUAUCUGUUAAUAUCUAUCUAUCUAUCUAUCCAUCCUAUCUGUUAAUAUCUAUCUAUCUAUCUAUCCAUCCUUGUCUGUUAAUAUCUAUCUAUCUAUCUAUCCAUCCUAGUCUGUUAAUAUCUAUCUAUCUAUCUAUCCAUCCUAGUCUGUUAAUAUCUAUCUAUCUAUCUAUCCAUCCUAGUCUGUUAAUAUCUAUCUAUCUAUCCAUCCUAUCUGUUAAUAUCUAUCUAUCUAUCCAUCCUAGUCUGUUAAUAUCUAUCUAUCUAUCUAUCUAUCCAUCCUAUCUGUUAAUAUCUAUCUAUCUAUCUAUCCAUCCUAGUCUGUUAAUAUCUAUCUAUCUAUCUAUCCAUCCUAGUCUGUUAAUAUCUAUCUAUCUAUCUAUCCCUCCUAGUCUGUUAAUAUCUAUCUAUCUAUCUAUCCAUCCUAGUCUGUUAAUAUCUAUCUAUCUAUCCAUCCUAUCUGUUAAUAUCUAUCUAUCUAUCUAUCCAUCCUAUCUGUUAAUAUCUAUCUAUCUAUCUAUCCAUCCUAGUCUGUUAAUAUCUAUCUAUCUAUCUAUCCAUCCUAGUCUGUUAAUAUCUAUCUAUCUAUCUAUCUAUCCAUCCUAUCUGUUAAUAUCUAUCUAUCUAUCUAUCCAUCCUAGUCUGUUAAUAUCUAUCUAUCUAUCUAUCCAUCCUAGUCUGUUAAUAUCUAUCUAUCUAUCCAUCCCUAGUCUGUUAAUAUCUAUCUAUCUAUCCAUCCUAUCUGUUAAUAUCUAUCUAUCUAUCCAUCCUAGUCUGUUAAUAUCUAUCUAUCUAUCUAUCUAUCCAUCCUAUCUGUUAAUAUCUAUCUAUCUAUCUAUCCAUCCUAGUCUGUUAAUAUCUAUCUAUCUAUCCAUCCUAUCUGUUAAUAUCUAUCUAUCAUCCCAUCCUAGUCUGUUAAUAUCUAUCUAUCUAUCUAUCUAUCUAUCUAUCCAUCCUAGUCUGUUAAUAUCUAUCUAUCUAUCCAUCCAUCUGUUAAUAUCUAUCUAUCUAUCUAUCCAUCCUAGUCUGUUAAUAUCUAUCCUAUCUAUCCAUCCUAGUCUGUUAAUAUCUAUCUAUCUAUCUAUCCAUCCUAGUCUGUUAAUAUCUAUCUAUCUAUCCAUCCUAUCUGUUAAUAUCUAUCUAUCUAUCCAUCCUAGUCUGUUAAUAUCUAUCUAUCCCAUCCUAUCUGUUAAUAUCAUCUAUCUAUCCCUAGUCUUAAUAUCUAUCUAUCUAUCUAUCCAUCCUAGUCUGUUAAUAUCUAUCU